AUGUCCGCCUCUUCAGACACACUGAACCCUCGCACGAAAAGUUACGAGUUCUUUGGCCCUCCGGGCGCGCUCCUUGUCACGCUUUCCGUGCCCAUCACAACGUAUGCUCUGUACUUUGGUUGCUCUGAAGCAACUGGGGGAUGCCCACCUCCUAUUUCCACCUCCGUAAUCAUCGAUAAUUUGAGUAGCUUGUCUUGGUGGGCGAGUCUUUGGGAUACCGAGGCGACUCUGCUGUACCUGGGCUGGUACGCGUUCUGCGUUGCAGCGUGGUUCAUAUUGCCAGGAGACUGGGUCGAUGGCACCCAGCUGCGGAAUGGCAAAAAGGUCCAGUACAAAAUUAAUGCUUUCUCGACGUUGUUGCUCGCGCUGGGCCUCACCUCGGGGUACAUUUGGCAAUAUGGACCACAGUCUUUCACCUUUGUCUACGACAAGUGGGUCGGACUCGUGACAGCUGCGAUAUUAAUGUCGGUAGUGCAAGGCAUCGCCUGCUACGCCGCCUCUUUCCGCGAAGGCGCCCUGCUUGCACUUGGCGGGAACUCUGGGAAUGUGAUUUACGACUUCUUCAUCGGUAGGGAGCUGAACCCUGCAAUUGGAUCGUUCGACGUCAAGUCGUUCAACGAGCUUCGACCUGGUCUCAUCCUGUGGGCGCUCGUCGACAUUAGCUUGGCAUGCGAGCAGGCAGUGCGCCGCGGGGGCAACAUCACGGACUCGAUGGUGUUGGUGUUGCUCUUUCAAUUCUGGUACGUUGUAGAUGGGCUGUACAACGAGCCUGCCAUCUUUACCACAAUGGACAUCAUCUCCGACGGAUUCGGGUUCAUGCUCGCCGUCGGCGAUCUGGCGUGGGUGCCGUUCGCCUACUCGCUCCAGGCGCGCUAUCUGGUCUUCAGGCAGGUAGAGCUGGGGUGGCUAUGGACGGCGGCGAUCGCGGGGCUCAAUCUGCUGGGCUACUACAUAUUCCGCGCGGCGAACGGAGAGAAGAAUGACUUCAGGAAUGGCCGUAACCCGAAGAACCUGAAGUUCAUGACGACAGAGAGCGGGUCCAAGCUGCUGAUUUCCGGCUGGUGGGGACGUUCGCGUCACCCGAAUUACCUCGGGGACAUUGUGAUGGCGUUUGCUUGGUCGCUGCCGACGGGCUUCGAUACACCCAUCACAUACUUCUACGUCAUGUAUUUUGCGGUCCUCCUGGUCCACAGACAGCUCCGCGACGACGAGAACUGCGAGAAAAAGUAUGGCAAGGACUGGCACAAAUACACCAAAUUAGUGCCCUACAGGAUAAUACCUUACAUCUAUUGA